ACCCAGCGGUUUUGCAUUGACAAGACACUUUCCAAACAGCAUGCAAAUCCACAGAGGGUGGGACUCCAGGGGCAGCGUGGCGGACAGCCCCAUUCGUCCUCAAUGAGUUUGGAAACGUGCAGCAUGAAGUCAGUUCUGACAGACUGCAGAGAGGAAAUUUGUAUGUGAACACGCCAGUUUGGCUAUGAGUGGGUAUGGUGUUUUUUUGUUUUUUGUUUGUUGAAAAUUUUCAUUCAUUUUGCAGACACCAAAUCACACGAGAGUCACGUUCAGCUUCAUUUACAGCGUGCUGUCUGAAGUAUGCGGGUCCUGCCAUACAUGACAUAAAAAACACUAUGAUUGUCAGCGAUAAUGUCAAUGCAAGUGCUGUAGCGUGCAGGCAAAAUAGGGCCAGAAAUACAACAAUAGUUAUGUUAGCAUACAUGUCUAUUGCACAAUAUAUGAGCAAUUUGAGUAUAUAGUGCCUGAAACACCAGGUGAGUUGAACGACGGAGCAGGAAAUGGGGAACGUCCCGCAAUCCUGGUCUGCUGUGUCUUUAUCCAGAAUGGAUACAUGAGCGACCUCUGGGAUCUCAAACAAUCCGAAUAUCGUACCAGUUUGUUUUAAUGUAUCGCUCACUUCAUGAUAGCCUCAUCCCUGUAAUAGGCAGUGAUGUUCCUAACGUUGCCUUUGGAUGAAAGCUUGUAAACAUGCCGUGAUUUGAUAGCAAAAACCCUGAUGUGUCUGAAAAUAUUUGUUUCAUUUUCAUGUUUAUAGUCUGGUGCCAGUGAACUAUGUUUAAAUAUAAAUCAGAAAAAAACUGUCUACAAAACUCCUGCAAAUUCUUUCUGAAAUACAAGGAAUUAAAAUGUGUAAUUUUUGUAGCAUUGAUUUCUAUUGCUGUACUAGUAUGAUAUUGCCUGUCUUCUGCUGCUUUUGUUGCAUUAUGAUUAAUAAUUGAGCAGAUGAAAUCAAUCAUUUCAGCCUAAUGCAUUGAUGCCACUAAGUACCCCCAGCUCCCAUCUCCAUAUAAGGCUUUAAAGAACUGAUCUAUCCUCAUUUGCCUGCUGGGAUGGAGAUCUUCUUCUUCCUCAUCACAGACUGCAUUCUGAUAGGAGAGGCCUUGCAAAUGCAAAUCGCAAGCAAAUGCGCAAGCCUUUGGAUAUUGCGUCCUCAGUAUGUCACGGGAUCUCAGUCUCAUCUGGAUUCCCACCCGGGACACCGGACUCAGAGCUCGGAUCCAAACCCACAAGCACCCCUUCGACAAUCAGCCAGUCCAGCACUGUGUUGAGCCGGACUUUUAGAGUGUAAAACUGAUUAACUCAAAAUUCAAAAAAAGGGAGCAACUUAACCGAUUAAUGCUUUGUCGUUAAGAAGACUAACCUGUGGAGGGUAAAGAGCCAGAAUGGAUUACAUAUUUCGUGCUGUAACCCGCUCUCCCGGGAACGUAAUUUGGCGUAUUGAGAAAAUGGAACUGGUCCAGGUACCUGAAAAAUCCUAUGGGAACUUCUAUGAAGGUGACUGCUAUAUCCUACUUGCGACUGCCAAAGUAGGCGCCUCACUGUCCUACAACAUUCACUAUUGGAUCGGCUCCCAGUCCUCACAGGACGAGCAGGGGGCCGCUGCUGUCUACACCAUACAGCUUGAUGAGUACCUGGGGGGGUCACCCGUGCAGCACAGGGAGGUGCAGGGAUACGAGUCCGACUCCUUCCGUGGGUACUUCAAGCAGGGGGUGAUCUACAAGCAGGGCGGCGUGGCAUCAGGAAUGAGACACACUGAGACCAACACUUAUGACAUCAAGCGCCUGCUGCAUGUCAAAGGCAGUAAGAGGGUCAUGGCCAAAGAGGUGGAGAUGAGUUGGGGCAGCUUCAACCUCGGCGACGUCUUUCUGCUCGACGCUGGUAAGACCAUCGUUCAGUGGAAUGGACCAGACAGCAACCGUCAAGAGCGCCUCAAGGGUAUGAUGCUUGCCAAGGACAUCCGAGACCGGGAGCGGGGAGGCCGCUCAGACAUCGCCAUCAUCGAAGGGGAUGAUGAGGACAGUUCCCCAAAACUCAUGGAGUUCCUGAUCAGCAUCCUCGGGGAAAGAACCAUCCAGUUGCCCAAAGGAAUAGCGGAUGACAUCACUGACCAGGAACAGAAGUCUCAACUCAUGCUCUACCAUGUUUCUGAUGCUGAUGGUCAAAUGAAAGUAACAGAGGUUGCUACCAGGCCACUGAUACAGGAUUUGCUGAAUCACGAUGAUUGCUACUUCCUUGAUCAGGGAGGGGUGAAAAUCUUUGUGUGGAAAGGGAAAAGGGCCAACAAGGCUGAGAGACAGGCAGCCAUGUCCAGAGCUCUGGAGUUCAUUAAGCUGAAAAACUACCCCAUCACCACCAACGUGGAAACUGUGAAUGACGCCGCAGAGUCUGCCAUGUUCAAGCAGCUGUUUCAGAACUGGAAAGUCAAGGAUCAGGCAGUGGGCAUAGGGAAGACCUACACUGUGGGCCGAGUGGCGAAGGUUGUGCAGACCAAGUUUGAUGCCACGCAGAUGCAUGCCAUGCCGGAUCUGGCUGCCCAGGAGCGCAUGGUGGAUGACGGCUCGGGAAAUGUCGAGAUUUGGCGGAUCGAAAACCUGGAAUUGGUUCCUGUCGAGCGCCAGUGGUAUGGUUACUUCUAUGGUGGUGACUGCUACCUGAUACUCUACACCUAUGAGGUCCACGGGAAGAAAAACUACCUCCUCUACAUUUGGCAGGGCCGGCACGCUUCUCAAGACGAGCUGGCAGCUUCGGCAUUUCAGGCAGUAAACCUUGACCAGAAGUAUGGCGGGCAGCCUGUGCAAGUACGAGUCACCAUGGGCAAGGAGCCUCGCCACUUCAUGUCCAUGUUUAAGGGUAAAAUGGUCAUUUUUGAGGGUGGCACCUCCAGGAAAGGUGGCACGGAACCAGAACCACCCAUCCGUCUGUUCCAAAUCCAUGGUUUCGAGCCAUUGAACACCAAAUCCAUUGAGGUUCCGGCACUUGCUGCUUCGCUGAACUCCAACGAUGUCUUCCUGCUCAUAACCCAGACCGGGAGGUACCUGUGGUGUGGGAAGGGUUCCAGUGGAGACGAGCGUGCCAUGUCGAAGGAGAUCAGCUCUGUGCUUGGACAGGGCUUUGAAGAGAUCAUAGCCGAGGGUUUGGAGCCACUUGAGUUCUGGAAUAUUCUGGGUGGAAAAACAGCUUAUGCCAGUGAGAAGAGAUUGCAGCAGUCAGUGAUGGAUCACCCCCCACGCCUUUUCGAGUGUUCCAACAAGACAGGUCGCUUUACUGUUACUGAGGUGACUCAGUUCAACCAAAGUGAUCUCAACGAAGAUGACAUCAUGCUCCUAGAUACAUGGGAUCAGAUCUUCCUUUGGGUGGGAGUCAGUGCCAAUGAGAUUGAGUGCAAAGAAUCGGUGGUGACCAGCCAGGAGUACCUGCGCACCCACCCUGCCUCCAGGGACCCCGACACCCCCAUCCUUAUCGUCAAGCAGGGAUUUGAGCCCCCUACCUUUACAGGGUGGUUCACUGCCUGGGAUCCUUCAAAGUGGAGUGAAGGAAAAACAUAUGAGCAACUGAAAAAAGAGCUUGGGGAUGCUGCAUCUACCGUCACAGUCCCAACACAAAAGGCUGAUGCACCUGAUGCAGAGAGUACUGCGACCUACCAGUACUACCCCCCAGAGAAGCUAGUUAACAAAUCAGCAAAUGACCUUCCUAAAGGCAUCAACCCUGCACAGAAGGAGAAAUAUCUGUCAGACUCGGACUUCUGUACGGUGUUUGGAGUCUCCAAGGACAAUUUUGCCAACCUGCCUCAGUGGAAGCAGUUGAAUAUGAAGAAAAACAAAGGCCUCUUUUAAGAAAAUUAGUGCCAUUAUUCAUUUUUGAUUUUAAUUUUUUUUUUUAAAGAUCAUGCUUUAAAUUAAGGAAACUCAUGGCUGCUCAGUCAAUUACAGGUUUAUCUAUGAACUAAUAAACAUUUUUAACAUUCA